AUGGCAUCAAUCGACUAUUACCGCGUGCUCAACGUUGCUAGGACUGCAUCCUCCAAGGAAAUCAAAGCCGCAUAUUUUCAGCUCGCCAAAUCGUUACAUCCAGAUGUCACAGGCAAUGACGUUUCUAAGGCAGAGCGCUUCAGGUACGUUAGUGAAGCCCAUUCGGUGCUCUCAAACCCUCAAAAGCGCCGCGAAUACGACACAUCUCGCCCUGCUAAUAGUUUUCGCUCAUGCGACACAUCGGGGAUGACCCAGCACCCGUAUGCUACUAUGGGAGACGGAUCAGACCUUCGAGCGCGUCCAUUGUAUGGCAUUGAUGAAGAAGUUUGGCUCGCACAUCAUUACGGCCAAGGAGCUGCUCGACGCGACGACAUGCCACCGCGUUACUACGGCAUGGAAGUUGCGGAGAAAAAGCUUGAGCAGCAACGCGAACGUAUCCGACGUCACCAACGUCACUAUAAACUCAAUCGCACGUCUGGAUAUUUUCUGCGACGCGAAGCUCGGUUGAAGAAACACGAAGAAGAUAAGGCAGAAAGUGAAGCAAAGCAUGGGAAAGAAAGCAAUCCUAACAGUGCUUGUGUUAUUACAUAG